GAAGUCGGUCAAACGAGUUAGUCAUUUCGCUUUCACGACCUGCAAAGUAAAUUACUUACAAAGUCGUCCUACGACUUGCUCAGUCGUUCGCGUGAGUGGGCAUAGUUGUUUUCCAUGACUAUAUCGUUUCUGCGAACUAGCUUAUUCGUUUCCACGGCUAACUAAGUCGUUCCAAGAAUUAGUUAUCUCGUUCCAACGAUGACAACAUUGCGCGGUGUUUAUAAAUAAGUUUGCAGUUACAGCGGUUUUCCAUUCGUGGAAAACCAUGGUGGUAAAUUUAGAAUUAAGGCCGUUUAUAUUUAGCAUCACUCUGGUAUUUUGAACCAUAAAUUACUUGUUUUAAAUUCGUAAAUAAUAAAAAAAAACAUUGGAAUAUUAUUGGUUAAUAUCUCUGUGUGUGCAUAUAACAGGGACGUCAUGGCCGGGGUUCCGCCCGAGGACUGGCAGUCCGCGCGUACCACGGUGGUGGGGUGUAACAAGUACAUGCUCGACAAUCAGCUGCACUGUGACGUCACAUUCCGCGUGGGGCGGGACAGGACACCCAUCAAGGCUCACAGCUACGUCUUGAUGUCGCGGAGCUGCGUCUUCUACGACAUGUUGACAAUGGAGUCGGCUGACGAGCAUAGAGAUAUAGAGAUUCCCGAUGUAGAGCCUCCAGUGUUCACUCAACUUCUAGAAUUUCUCUACUGCGAGAAAACAUCGGUGGACUCGACAAAUGUUCUAAGCAUUCUGCACUGCGCGAAGAAAUUCUCGGUUGUGGGUCUGGUUCAGAAAUGUAUGGAAUGUCUAAAGCAGUCUAUGAAACCCGACAGACUAACCGUCAUAAUGGAGAGCGCCCAUUCACUUGCAGACGAGGAUCUACGCACCAAAUGUCUUGCGAAGAUUGUACUUGACCCACUUCCGGUUUUCAAUGACGAUUCGGUCUCGAAGCUUUGCUCAGAAUGCUUAAGUGAUAUAAUCAAAUAUGAUUCGCUUCCUUUACUGGAGAAUGAUGUUUUCGAAUGUCUGCUCAAAUAUGCAAGACACAAGUGCACAGUCGACAAUGUGGAAAACACGCCAGAAAAUUUACGCCUUGCUGUCGGUAAUGCAAUAAACUUUAUACGAUUCCCAAUAAUGUCUUCCGAAUAUUUCACAGAAACAGUUGAACCAACUGGUCUUCUAACCACAAAGCAAUCGCUAACACUGUAUCGGUACUUCGCGCGAAAUAGAACUGGUGAUACAGCUGGUUUCGAAACGAAGGAGCGAACGCCGAUGCUGAAUGUUGGACGCUUUAAAAAUAUUGGGUCUGGCUGGGGUUACAAACGAAAUAAAAUGGACGCCAUCGUUUUCCAAUGUUCAAGAGACAUAUUGUUGAAAGGUAUCCAGGUGUACGGUACGGAUCAGGGUCCCGGUCAGCUAGCUAUCAACGUCCGACUCAUUCAGGAGUCGCACAGAGCAAAUCUGGCCACCAAGAAUGUCAUCUUGGAAACGGAUGGCAAACGAAAGGUUUACAAUAUUUUCUUCGAUGAGGCGCGUCACAUCACAAAGGAAAUCAAGUACAGCAUCGAACUCAUCGUCAAUGGGCCAACCACUUUCUAUGGUGUGGAUGGGAAAACCAGAGUGGAAUGUGAUGCAGUCCAGUUCACAUUUUCCAAAAGUGAUAAAGGUACCAACCCAACGGACGUAGAACGUGGUCAGGUUCCAGGCAUGGUAUUUCAAGUGUCAUCGGAGAUUGCCUAGUUUUCUUUUCGAACUACCGGUGGGUCAAGUUCAUCUUCUGAGGUUUGUCUCAUAUAUGACCAGAAUACGUCGUGUUGUGGACAAAUAAUGACAAUACAAAUGGCAUGAAAGCAGCAUGGCACAUAUUUCGCAAAACAUUAUUGACUCUUUUAUUGAAAACUUUCUGAAGUGUCCGCUCUACGUGAGAUAGAAAGAAUGAAACAAACACAAUUGAUUUGGCUUUAUUUACAGGUUUUGUUCCCUUAUAUUUUAAGGCAUUGCAAGCAUUCCAGUAACACAAAUGAUGUUAUAUUUGUAUUCGUUGUCAAAUGUUAGUGUUCAUGUACACACUGGUUUAAUAUGUUACAUUUCAAUCAUUAUCAUCCAUGGUAUCUACAUAUAACGGACCUGUCCAUUUAAAAUAACUGAGUGCAUGUUAACAUGGCAUAAAAUAAACAAGAGCAUCGCAUAACGGGUGCCACGCUCGGCUGCGGGUGCAGUUUUGAAUAAAUGAAAGCUUGUCAGAUUAUUUUUUUAGAGGUCACAGUGACCUUGACCUUUGACCUAGUGACCCAAAAAUGGGUGUGGCAUGUAGAACUCAUCAAGACGCAGCUUCAUAUUAAGUUUCAAAGUUGUAGGUUGAAGCACUUAGAUUUUAGAGAGCCAAUGUUCAAAACCUUAACAAACCUUGACACGGACGGCGGACACGACGAGCUGGCUAUGACAAUACCUCGGGUUUUCUCCGAAAACAGCCGAGCUAAAAAUGACUGGAAUGCCGUUAUAUAGUUGUAUUUCAUUAAUGCGACCUAAAAGAACCAACGUACCAUAACAAAUUUAAAAGCUGGACACUCAAUGAUCAUUUAUAAUUUAUGAAAAAUAAAACAAAUAUUUGAAAACUGACGUAAACGUAAGAAAGUUCGGGCUUCUUUUAAUUUUCAUAAUAACAUGGUUUAAUAUAACUUUUUAAGGUGACUUUUCAAAGUCAGGGACACAUUAUGCUCAAACUUUCCGAAAUCAGGGCCUGUGGUUAACAUUUAUGGACUCGGGAGUUUAACUGAUUCGGUUUGUAUACAUGUACACAAAUUCCGUACAUCUAUUCACUGCAAGUUCCGGACACAACGCAGUGUCCAAAUCUGGUAAUAAAGAGAUAACAUUAGGCGAGAACAUAUUGUAUUAUUACAACGUACAUAACAGCUGUCAAUUUUAUUUACAUAAUUGUUCGAUUCAAUAAAAAAUGCCGACAAAUUUUGUGUAAUGAUAUGGUACAUCUAUUAUAGUAUAUAAUAGUAUUAUUGAUUAUGACAUUGACCGACAAUGUAUGUUUGUAGAGAAAAAAAUAAAGGAAACCAUUUAGUAUAAAAGGACUGUUCUCAUAUACAGUUAGUUGUUCAGUUAGGAUAAACAUCGGAUUCAUUUAAGUGUGAAUCAUAGAGAAGGCCCAUUGGGGUCAAGCGGCCUGCCUUAUGUUUAACGUUUGGACUUGAAUAUCUUACAAACUUGAAACUCACUGAAUGUAUCUUCUUAAUCUGAAUAUUUUGUUUAAUAGCAGAAUAAAUCUCAAUGAAAACAUCA